GAAAUCUGAACUGGUCGUUAAAUCCCGUUUCCCCCUAAACGCCGCGGGGGUGGUCCAGGCGAAGAGGAGAUCGUCGGCGCUUGAAAGGUUUGGGUGGCGUUUCUUGCCCUUGGUGACUGUGGAAUUGGAGGGAAAUCUCGAUCGGCAGCGCUAGAAAACAGGACCUGAGGGGUAGAGAAAGGACUCCAGGAGAAUAGGGCGUGAGAUCUGAUGGCCAAAAGAAAGGAAGACAAUUUCUGCUCUCCUGAAAAUGCUAAAAGGCCAAGACAAGAAGAACUGGAAGAUUUUGAUAAAGAUGGAGAUGAGGAUGAAUGUACAAUUUCUUUCACUAAUGGAACCUCUACUUUGACUGCAGCAGAAGUUGGAAUAAUUGAGAGCAUUCAGCUAAGAAACUUCAUGUGCCAUUCAAUGCUUGGACCUUUUAAAUUUGGUUCUAAUGUCAACUUCGUUGUUGGCAAUAAUGGAAGUGGAAAGAGUGCUGUACUCACCGCUCUCAUAGUUGGUCUUGGUGGAAAAGCAGUUGCUACUAACAGAGGAUCCUCUUUGAAAGGUUUUGUGAAAGCUGGACAGAACUCAGCAGACAUCUCAAUAACAUUAAGGAACAGAGGAGAUGAUGCCUUCAGGGCAAAUGUGUACGGUGACUCGAUAGUUGUACAGCAGCACAUUAGUGUGGACGGAAGUCGAUCUUACAAACUAAAAAGUGAAAAAGGCACCGUGGUUUCUACUAAGAAAGAAGAACUGAUUGCAAUUCUUGAUCAUUUUAACAUCCAGGUGGACAAUCCAGUUUCUGUUUUAACACAAGAGAUGAGCAAGCAGUUCUUACAGUCCAAAAAUGAGGGCGACAAAUACAAAUUCUUUAUGAAAGCAACCCAGCUUGAGCAGAUGAAGGAAGAUUAUUCAUAUAUUAUGGAAACAAAAGAAAGAACAAAGGAGCAGAUAAAUCAAGGAGAAGAGCGACUUACUGAACUAAAGCGCCAGUGUUUGGAGAAAGAGGAACGUUUUCAAAAUAUUGCUGGUUUAAGUACAAUGAAGACUAAUUUAGAGUAUUUGAAACAUGAAAUGGCUUGGGCAGUGGUCAAUGAAAUUGAAAAACAAUUGAAUGCUAUUCGAGAUAACAUCAAAAUUGGUGAAGAACGUGCUGCCAAACUUGACAGGAAGAUGGAAGAACAGCAGGUCAGACUUAAUGAUGCAGAAAAAAAGUACAAAGAUAUUCAAGAUAAACUAGAAAAAAUUAGUGAAGAGACAAAUGCACGAGCACCAGAAUGUAUGGCAUUGAAGACAGAUGUCAUCGCAAGGACAAGAGCCUUUAAUGAUGCUGAGGUUUUGUAUAACCGCUCCUUAAAUGAAUAUAAAGCAUUAAAGAAAGAUGACGAACAGCUUUGUAAAAGAAUUGAAGAGCUGAAGAAAAGCACUGAUCAGUCUUUGGAACCAGAGCGCUUGGAAAGGCAGAGAAGGAUAUGUUGGUUGAAAGAGAAAGUCCAGGCCUUACAGGACCAGGAAAGUGCCGUCAAUCAGGAGGCUGCACAGUUUGAGCAAGCUAUAGAGAAGGACAAACAAGAACAUGUCCGAAUUAAGAGAGAAGAUUUAGAUGUGAGGCAUACACUGAACUAUAAUCAGAGACAAUUGAAAGAACUGAAAGAUAGUAAAACUGAUCGACUAAAAAGAUUUGGUCCUCAUGUUCCAGCUCUUCUGGAAGCAAUAGAUGAUGCUUACAGACGGAGACAGUUUACUCAUAAACCUAUCGGCCCUUUAGGUGCUUGCAUUCAUCUGCGGGACCCGGAGCUUGCUUUGGCCAUUGAAUCUUGCUUGAAAGGACUUCUGCAAGCCUAUUGUUGCCAUAACCAUGCAGAUGAGAGAGUGCUUCAGUCACUGAUGAAAAAAUUUUAUCCACCAGGGACCUCUCGGCCCCAGAUAAUCGUUUCUGAAUUUCGGAAUGAGGUAUAUGAUGUGAGACUCAGAGCUGCUUACCAUCCAGAGUUUCCGACUGUCCUGACAGCUUUAGAAAUAGACAAUGCUGUUGUUGCAAAUAGCCUGAUUGACAUGCGGAGCAUAGAGACCGUGCUGCUGAUUAAAAAUAAUUCUGUAGCUCGUGCAGUCAUGCAGUCCCAAAAGCCACCCAAAAACUGUAGAGAAGCUUUUACUGCUGAUGGUGAUCAGGUUUUUGCAGGACGUUAUUAUUCAUCGGAAAACACAAGACCCAAGUUUCUAAGCAGAGAUGUGGAUUCUGAAAUCAGCGAUUUGGAGACUGAGAUUGAAAAUAGAAAGACCCACAUAAUAAAUCUUCAGCACCAUCUCUCUGCCCUUGAGAAGUCUAUUAAACGAAAUGAAGAACUUCUUAAAAGGUGCCAGCUACAUUAUAAAGAAAUAAAGAUGAAAAUAAGAAAAAAUAUUUCUGAAAUUCGGGAACUUGAGAAUAUAGAAGAACACCAAUCUGUAGAUAUUGCAACCUUGGAGGAUGAAGCUGAAGAAAACAAGGUCAAAAUGCAGACGGUUGAGAGAAACAUGGAGCAGCAGAAAGAGAACAUGGAGAAUCUCAGGAGUCUAAAACUGGAAGCCGAAAACAAGUACGACACAAUUAAACAGAAAAUUAAUCAGCUGUCAGAGCUGGCAGAUCCACUUAAGGAUGAAUUAAAUCUUGCUGACUCUGAAGUGGAUAGCCAAAAACGAGGAAAGCAGCAUUAUGAAGAUAAACAGAAAGAACAUUUGGAUACCUUAAAUAAAAAGAGAAGAGAACUUGACAUGAAGGAAAAGGAGCUACAGGAGAAAAUGUCACAAGCAAGACAGAUCUGCCCAGAACGGAUAGAAGUAAAAAAAUCUGCAUCAAUUCUAGACAAAGAAAUUAAUCGAUUAAGACAAAAAAUUCAGGCAGAACAUGCUAGUCAUGGAGAUCGGGAAGAAAUAAUGAAGCAGUACCAGGAAGCGAGAGAAACCUAUCUUGAUCUGGAUAAUAAAGUAAGGACUUUAAGAAGGUUCAUUAAGUUACUAGAAGAAAUAAUGACUCAUAGGUACAAAACAUAUCAACAGUUUAGAAGGUGUUUGACAUUGCGAUGCAAAUUAUACUUUGACAACUUACUAUCUCAGCGGGCUUACUGUGGAAAAAUGAAUUUCGACCACAAGAAUGAAACUCUGAGUAUUUCAACAUUGGAAAGCUGUGGAAGCAACAGCGACUAGAUGAAUUGAAAUUCCAAGAAGUGGGAGAGCCUGUCCAAAGUAAGCUAACAUUGCUGGAUAUUUUCUUUCCUGGAGGCAUUUGCUGAUCUCAGAAUUUUGGUGGUUAUGAGGGCUACUGACAGGACAGCAGGGCUUGUGAAAUACUAGGCACAUGACUAGUACUUCAGUUCAUUCUUGAGGGCUGGAGUUGUGCAUGGCUAUCUAAAGGCACCAAUUUCUAAGACUGCAAAUCCAUUCCAGGCCAGCUUUCUCCCAGAUGAACUGAACUGUCACUUAGCAUAUAUACGUCCUAGUCAAAUGGAAACUUGCUCCACCUUGGUGGGCUGUUGUGUUGACUAGAAUAUCUGUUCUUACACAAAGCAUCAAACAUAACGUAAAAAGAUUUGGGUCUCUACCCUACAGUUAGGAGCCAAGCAGGUUGUCCAUGCUCACUAUUUACUCAUCAGUAUACCAGUGACUCUAGCCACAAAUCAAGGAAUAAAAGAUAGGGAUGAUAAAGGAAGUCAAAUUCCUUAUAUUUAUAAUUAACAGGGUCAUCUGUGCAGAAAAUCUGAUGAAAUCUACAAAACACCUAAGAAGUUAAAUGCAACUAGCAGAGUUACAUAACCACAUUAAAAAAUGAAUUGUAUUUUUAUGUAUUAGCAACAUGAUCAAAACCUGAAAAUUUAAAAUACCAUUUAUAAUAGCAUUAAGAUAUAAAAUACUUAGAAAUCUGACACAAAGUGCCUAAGACCUAUACUCUGAAAAGCUAAAAGAAGUAGUGAGAAAUUAAUGAAGAACUAAAUGAGAAAUCUAUUGUUGUCAAGGCUCAAGAGCUUAAGCAGGGUCUGGGAAGAUGUCCCAUUCAGUAAAGUGUUUAUUAUGCAAACUUAAGUUUGGAUCUCCAACAUUGCAUAAAACUCCACACACUAAUCCCAGAGCUCGAUAGGUGGAGACAAGCCAAUUCAUAGGGCUCCUGGCCAACUAGUCUAGCUGAAUCAGUGAGCUUCAAGUUCAGUAAGAGAGCCUGUCUCCCAAAAAAUAAAGGUGACAGUGAUUGAGGAAAACACAUAUGCACACACAUACUGCAUAUACUUGUGCAUAUAUAAGCAUGUAUAUGUACAACACAUACAUACAAUUCAGCAUAUCAAAAUUUUAGUUCCUAAAUUGACCUAUACACUCAACACACCAUUUGUAUCAAAAUAGCCACAGGCUUUUUUGUAGAAAUUAAUAAGCUGAUUCUAAAAUGUAUAUGGAAAUUGAAAAGAUCUAAAAUAGUUGUAACUUUGAAAAGAAAGAAUAAUAUUUGAAAAUUUCCAUUAACUGAAGGCUAAAGUAAUAGGCAGUAAGGUUCUGUUACAUCAGUGGCUCUCAACCUUCCUGAUGCUGUGACCCUUUAAUACCUCAUGUUGUGGUGACCCCCAACCAUAAAAUUCUUUUCAUUGCUACUUCAUAACUCUAAUUUUGCUACUGUUGUGAAUAGUAAUGUAAAUCUCUGUUUUCCAGUGGUCUUACACGACCCCUGUGAAAGGGUCAUUUGAGGCCUCCCUAGGAGUUGCAACCCACUGAUUGAGAUACAGAACCAUCCAGAUAACAUGGAAACCAAGUGGAGAUUACAAGGAGCAUGAGGGACUUACAGAAUGAUGAAUAUGUUCUUUAUUCUGAAUUUCAGUUUCAUACAUGAUCGUAUUUGCUAAAGCUUAAUUAAAUUGCGCAUUUUAAAUACGUACAAUUUGCUGGAUCUUAUUAAAAGUAAAAAGGUUUUGUUACAUUUAUUUGAGAUUUCAUGCUACAGUGUCAGUAUGGAGGCCCAAGGACAACUUGAAGGUGUUUAUUCUCCUUCUACUGUACGAGUUCCUAAGACUAAAACUCAGAUGCUCAAGUGUGGCCCCAAGCACCCUAACCUGAUAAACCACCCUGCUGGCCCUGUUGGUUUUUGGUUUUUGUUUUUCUUUUUACCUCAAAAAGCAGUAAAAACUACCAGAGAAAUAAGGCUUGGAAAUGUGACUGAUAUUAAAAGGAAAAGCAAGAAUAGAACCAAACUCAUGAUGAUAGCUACAAGAGAUAGUAGACUAGUGUCUUACCACAAGUGAUAUAUGUCAUGAAAUAAAAGUUAGUUAUAGCAAAGUACAGUUUUGGUACAGAUUUGUAAUCCACACAAAACAUGACUCUAAGACUUUGAAAAUGUAGUUAGUACUUUAUAUGAAGAAAUCAUUGAUUGGCUUAGCUUAAUAGCCAGCUGAAUGUAGCUAAAGAUAAAUUUAAUUGAGUUCAUGUUAAGUCAGAAAGAAAUAUCUUGUGUGAGUAACAUAAAAACAAGACAGAAAACCCUGAACAGAGCUGAAGAGACAGGAAGGAUACAAUUAGCUGGUUUUAGUGAGGACAGAAUUGGAGUUCCACUAAGAACAGAAGGAGCAAAGGACAGAAUAAUGUUCAGGGCCAAAAUACUUAAAGAGUCAAGAGCAUCGAACUUAACCUGUUCUCUCACAUUUCGGGAAGUGCUCUUAAUUCUGAUAAACCAAGAAGACAUCAGGGCUAUACUGAGAUCGCUAGAACAAUCACUGCAAAGAAUGUCAAGUGAAUGCACACUAAAGCCCAAGUAAAACACUAGAAAAAGCAACUACUUAGUGAGAAGCCAGGUGUGUCUAAUCACCCUUGGAAUGCGUUGGCAGGAGGAUUAACACAAUUAGAGGCCAUUCCAGGCUACAGAGUGAGACCCAAAAUAAUCCAGAGAGAGGACAACAAAGAACAUGGGGGGGGGGGGGGCGCACAAAUUAGUGAGAGAUAAAACUUAGUUACCAGUAAUUACAUUAGCCUUUGUGGACCAAGAAGGUGUGUUAAAAGUAAAGAUUGCCUUGUAUGUAUAGAUUGUGAGUCAGUUCUGGUAGAGGGAGACUUUUAAAUACUAACAUAAGGACAAGGAGGAUCCUCAGUGAAAUCAUGGAGCAAAGGUAUGUCAUGCAGAUAGACAAGAAAGCUUACACACGGCUGCUAACAACAAAAUUAGGUUUACACAGGCUCAAGGCCAAAAGGAGUGCUUCAUAGUACUAGAAAGUUAACUUUAAAAAUAUUUGAAUUUGUAUAUUCAGAAAAAUUGAGAGAACUAAAAGGCAAAAUAAGAGUUAAAUAUAGGUAGAAAUUUUUGAACUCGCAGUAAUUAAUGAAAAAGUCAGAUUAAAAGUCAGUAAAGUUAUACAAGCCUUACUGUAUUUACCAAAUUGACCCAGUAGCAUAAAUGUAGAACCCUGUGGUGGAUUAUAAUUUCUGUGAAUUGUCUAUGGAACAUUUACCAGCAUAAACCAUUUUCUUGUCCUCAGUUAAAAAUCUCAUUAAGUUUCAAAUUAUUAAAGUUACACAGAAUAUAUUUCAAAAUUAAAUGAAAUUAAAUACCUAAAAAUUCCCUAAUUUAUAAAAUUACAUAGCAAAUUUCUAAAGGAUUAAGGAUUCAUAAUAAAUUACAUGGAAACUAGAAGAUAAUUUCCAGCAACAAUCAAAAAGUAAAACAGCAAAACAUGAAGGAGACAGUAUAACACUUUUCAGAAAGGAACUUUUAGCACUCUAUAUGUAUUUAAGGAGGAAAGAUAGAUCCAACAUUAGUGGUCUAUCUCAGGAAGCUAGAAGACAAUUAGGAAUUCAGACACAGAGAUCUCAUAAAACUGUGAGAGCAGAAGAGGAGAAAGCAAGUUUCCAAACAGUGGAGAGUGCAAAGCACACUGAACACAUGGCUCGCUCAUCUAGACAGAGACACUACUAUAAGCCUAUGAGUAAAGGGUUAUCGCUUCAUGAAUUACACUGGAUUCAAAUUAUUGGGUGCCCUUUGGUAAAACAAAACAAAAUAGACUUUGGCCAUUUAUCUCACAUUUAGUAUAAAAAUUGAUAAAUGUAAAAUGUAGAACAAUAAAACUUUUGGAUGAGGGAAUCAAUUUAGGGUACCUAUCAGUGGAUGAACAGAUAAAGAAAAUAUGGUAGAUAUACAUAAUGGAAUGAUACUCAACCUUUAAGAAGAAUGAAAUCCUGUGGUUUGCAUCAAAGUGGAUAAAAUUAGAGGAUGUGAUCUGAAAUGAAAUAAGCCAGGCACAGAGUACAAAACGCACAUAUUCUCAUGGGAAGUUGAGGAGUUACUCUGAACACAGAAUAAUGAUUAGUGCAAGUUGGGGGGGGGGUUCGGUGGGAGUAAGUCCUGGUGGUGCUCCCCAGCAGCACAUCCACUGCAGUUCACAGGAACAUUAGAUAUAUAAGGAAAACUAGAAUGCUGGCCGGGUGGUGUGUCACACGCCUUUAAACCCAGCACUCAGGAGGCAGAGGCAGCUAGAUCUCUGAGGUCAAGGCCAGCCUGGUCUACAGAGCAAGUUCCAGGACAGCCAAGGCUACAUAGAGAAACCAUUUCAGAAACCAAAGAAGAGAGAUGCUCAAAGGCUCCAAUCACAAGGGAAUAGAAAUGCUAAUUAUUCUGACUUGACCAGUGUAUACUUCAUAUGUGUGGAAGUAAGCACAUAUGCUCCACUAACAUGUGCCACCCUUUCUUGUAAACAAAAAAUAAAGUACUUUCAUGAAGAUUUGAAAAACAGGACACAGAAGGCCAUUUUAAAAAGCCCCAGCAAUAAAGGAGGCUAUUGCCUGGGGAAAGAUAUUUUUUGGUACCUAAUAAAAGAAUAAUAAAAGAAAAAAAGACUUGAGCCCAUUUUAAAGUCACCAAAGACUUAAAUGAGUAAAUGGGAGUUACCCAAAUGGAGGAUAAGCACAUGGACAGUGCUCAGGAUUGUUAGGCAUCAGAGAAAUACAGAUGUAUGCCUCACUAGCCACUGUCCUCCCCUAAUGAGAAGGACUGAAAUGAGCAAGACUGCAAACUCGGUUGGUAAGGAAACGGAAUCAGAGCUACUGCAUUGCCAUUGGGAGGAAGGGGGCCUUAAUUUGAAAACCCACCUACUUUUGGAUGUGAAUUCAAGGGAAAUGAAUGCUUAUGUCUCCUAGGGGCAUUGUGUCUUCCAAAAAUGAUGCACAAUAUACAUUUAAAUUUUCAGACUUUUAAGCCUUUUAGAAAGUAAAAAAAAUGAAUGUAUGGUCAUUUGAGAGCAGCAUAUGUCUGACACUUACGUAAAACUGACCUUUUCACUUAUAUAUAUAGUAAGUCUGCAGUUUUGCCAAAAUAAAAUAGACUGCUUCUUUAUACUACUUUGUAUUUUCUCAGGAAAUUAUGCAAAAGGAAUGCUGUAAAUAUUAUUUAUUGAUUUUUUUGUUAUUGUUGUUGUUACCAUAGAGAAUUUUAAAAAGUAUUGUUUUAAAUGUCUUUCAAUCCAUUCCCACCAUUUUCUUGCGUAAACCUCUUCGAGUGGGUCUGUUUUGAUGAUUUUAAUUAUUAAAACUGUGUAGCCACUAGAUGUCACUAUAAUUCUAGUAAUGAAAAAUUAUCUCAGUGUUUUAAAUGUUUAAUGUGGUAACAGUUUUAGAAGAACUAGUUUAAAUUGCUUAUUUUAAUAAAUAAUGUUUGGUUAAAUAUUGGAUUUGUUGUCAUAGCUUUGGAAUUUUGGUAUGUUAAGUUUCGUUAAAGUGACAAAAAGUGCUCACUUUGUUUUUUUUUGUUUUUUUUUUUUUCAACUUAUUUAUUUUCUGUAUAUGGACUUUUGGUAUGCUUGUAUGUCUGUGCACCCAGUGCAUGCCAGGUGCCUGAGGAGGCCAGAAGAAGGUAUCAGAUCCCUCAAACUGGACUCAUACAUGGGCAUGAGCCGCAUUGUGGGUGCUGGGACAUAAAUCUGGGUCCUCUG